UCUUCUUUUAAUUUCACUCGCUUUUCAGCUCAUUCAUUCUACUAUUUUCUUCUGCAAGUCCUCUUUUCUCCAUGUGGCCCAAGUUACCACUGAAACUUCCCAGCUAUUUCCUCUCUCUCUCUCUCUCUCUCUCUCUCUCCCUUACUUUCUCUCUCUAACUUCCCAUUUUCCAUUUUCGUGCUAGGAAGAUACCUGAGGUAGUUGCGCUUCGCUUGAUCGGUGCCUUUUUCAGUCUUUUUUGUCGGCUGAAAUCUUAGUUUAUCUUUGACGAUGAGUGUUGCUUAGAGAUCAUAUUAGUAAGAAGAGAUGGUUGCGGAGUCGUGGUUUCGCAGCCUUUGGAAGACUCACAAAAAGCAUGAGGCUGCUUUUGAAAAAGCGGUUAUUGGAGUUUUGGCGUUUGAAGUUGCAAGUUUGAUGUCCAAGCUGAACCAUUUAUGGCACUCCCUGACCGAAAAGCAGGUUUCUAGGUUAAGAGAAGAGAUUGCAAACUCGGUUGGUAUAAAGAAACUGGUGUCGGAUGACGAUGAGUACAUCGGGAGAUUAAUAUGUGCUGAAUUGAUUGAUAACACAUUCCAUGUGGUAAACUCUGUGGCCAGACUUGGACAGAAAUGCACUGAUCCCACUUUGAAGAGUUUUGAGCAAGCUUUCAACGAAUGGAUGAAAUUUGGUGUUGAUCCGAAUGGUUGGGUGUUUACAUGGAAGAAAAUGGAAAAGAAAGCUAAAAAGAUGGAAAAAUUUAUUGCACUGAAUUCAAAUUUGUAUCAGGAGAUGGAAGUGCUUGCAGAUCUUGAGCAGACCUUGAGGAGAAUGAAGGGUAAUGAUGACCACGAUGUAGCCAGUUUUCUCGAGUUUCAGAAGAAGGUCACAUGGAAGCAGCACGAGGUGAAGAAUUUGAAAGAUAUCUCACUGUGGAACAGGACUUACGACUACACAGUUCUUCUCUUGGCACGUUCUCUCUUUACGAUAUUCAGUAGGGUCAACCAUGUCUUUGGAGUUCCACAAAAUAUUGGCGAAUACGAAGAUUCUAGGGUUAUAGACUCAGAUCAUAUUUAUCGAAGCCAGUCAGUUUCUGCACUUCUGCGAUCUUCACGUCAUCAAUCUGAGAAGGGUCUUCCUAGAUUUGCAUCUGGUCCCCUUGGGAAGUUUGCGGCUAAAUCAGGGCCGAUUUCAAAACCAAACAAAACCAAUAAUUUCUAUUCUGGGCCUCUGAGUGUUGGUGCCUCAAGUACGAAAUCGGGUCCUGUUUCCGGGAAAAAUAGAAAUGUUUUUAAUUCAGGUCCACUUGGAAAGUCAAUGAAUAAAUACACCAAGAAGAUGUGGCAGUCUCAUGACCGCUCACAGUCCAAGAAAUCACACAUGAAAUCUAAUAGAAUGACUCAAGUGGGACCUUUUAAAGGUUGCAUGAUGGCUGGAAUCAGUUCUCCUAUGACCGAUUGUCAUUUGAGUUCAAAUGGAGUUCAUUCAAGAAUUCUCAAUGGAGUCAUCGAUGCCAACGCAGACCCACUUAUGCCUGGCAACGUCGUGCAUCUUAAUCCAUCAAGUUCUAUUUUCAAGGGUAAGCUGUUGGUUGCGCCACCUGAGACCCUUGGUGCCGCUGCUUUGGCACUUCACUAUGCAAAUGUUGUUGUUGUCAUUGAGAAGCUAGCAGCUUCACCUCACUUGAUUGGACUUGAUGCGAGAGAUGACCUGUACAAUAUGCUGCCUUCAAGUGUGAGAAGUGCCCUUAAGGCAAAGCUAAAGCCGUACAGCAAGAGCUUGGCCUCAGCAAGUUAUGAUACUGUUCUUGCAAGAGAGUGGAAUGAGGCAAUGGCGGCAAUAUUAGAAUGGUUGGCGCCUCUUGCUCAUAAUACGAUAAGAUGGCAAUCUGAGCGGAGUUUUGAACAGCAGAACAUGGUUUCAAGAGCAAAUGUGCUGCUCGUGCAAACCCUUUACUUCGCAAAUCAAGAGAAAACAGAAGCAACGAUUACCGAGCUUCUCAUUGGUCUGAAUUACAUCUGGAGAUUUGGUAGAGAAAUCAAUGCUAAGGCUCUGUUAGAGUGUGCAAGCAGUAGGAUAUAUGAUGAGUACUUGGAUCUGGAUGGAUGAUGUUACUUUUUGCUUAUGGUAAUUACCACGUGAGUUCUGAUAUUGAGACUGGCUACAGUUGUGUUGGGAAACAGCCCUGCUAUUUUGCUAGUCCAUGACCUUUUCAAUCCUACCCGACGAUAUCAAUGGUUGCUCGGUAGUGAAGAGAAGAAAACAGUCUACUCAGGGCACUACGCAUUCUUGAUGACAAAAAAGGUAUUGGUUUAGCUGCUAAUUCUUUUCUUUCUAGUGAGAAUUUCUAGCCACCGGACCUACUCUCCUUCAUAAAAUCCUUGUUUGCCUUUUCAAGUUAAGCCGUUGCACCCAGAGGGGUUAUUAUUAGCUAUACUCUUGUGUAGUUGUUGUAAAGUUACUAUAUGAAAGUACUAUUUAUAUUCAUAGAUAGAAGACCUGUAGAGGGUCGCACAUCUUUCUUUCUGGGUAGCUGUCUGUAACUUUAUUCUUGGUGAGCUUUAUGCCGUGUUGUAACUGAAGCGUAUAUGUUUCUAUACUUAUAUCCGAUUCAAGAUUCCGCCCAUAUGGGCUUACCUGGUGCA